AUGCGUUCUUCGAUGUUGUUGGCCAUUCCGGCCCUUCUAUUCCUUAAUGUUAAUGCGUUGCGCGUCAGCACCUCGAGUGUUUGCGGUAAACAGUCCUGGAACACGCUUACUUGCAAGAAUUCGUCGUGGGGAAAUUGUUGCUCUAAGGAUGGACGUUGUGGUUCCACGGCAAAAUACUGCGGAACUGGAUGCCAGGCUAAAUUUGGAGACUGCAAAGCGCCAGUAUCUUCAGCGCCCACGGUUAUCGUUUCCAAAACACCUGCGGCGUCAUCGAAAACACUUGCAGUAUCCUCGACGAAACUCGUAGUGCCAUCGGCAGUACCUGCAGUCUCAUCAGCAGCACCCGUACUAUCGUCCGCAGCACCCGCAGUAUCAUCGAAAGCACCCGCAGCAUCAGCGGCCCCGGUUGCUGGCGGAAAGAUCUCCACUGAUGGAACUUGCGGCGGAACUUCUGGCUUCACCUGCGUCGGCUCCUCAUUUGGCAAUUGCUGUAGCGCCUAUGGAUGGUGUGGAAAGUCCGCCGACCAUUGCGGCACUAGCUGCAAUGCAGCCUUCGGAAUUUGCGGAGCGGCAUCAUCUUCAUCGAUCUUGUCCACGACUGCAGUUCCGACUACAACUUCGGCAGCUGCACCAGCACCCACCCAAAAGAUCUCCGUCGACGGAAGUUGUGGCAGCGGAGUGACAUGCCUGGGUUCUUCAUUCGGCGAUUGCUGCAGUGCCUACGGAUGGUGUGGAAGCACCGCCGCAUUCUGUGCAACAGGCUGCCAAUCCGGGUUCGGAAAGUGCGAUACUCCUUCCACCAGUCCAGUUCCAAGCACCACCUGUGGGGUCGAAGGCUUCGCCAAUGUUGAGGCAUACUACGCUUCUUCGUUCAACUUGGUCCCUGCGACGGAUGUUUCGACUUGUGCGACGCUAUGUUUGGCCGAAGCGGAAUGCAAGAGUUAUUUGUUCAACCCGAAACUUGGAAAUUGCGCGUAUCUUAAGAAUUCACUUAAGGAGGGAGAGUUCAUUGCUACAAGUGACACGGAUCAGCUUUUCUGGGAGAGGGCUUGCGCUGAGGCUAAAAAUCAUUUGCAAGAGCUUGUGGUGAUCAAGAGCGUUCUCGACUACCCGCGAGUGGAGAAUGAAAGAGAUGUACUCAAAAGAUUUCAGCACCGCACCCCAUCCCUCCGACCUUUGAUCGAUGAAAUCGACGAGCCGACACUUCCUGUGACUAUCGCUCUUAAGCACUUGCAAGGAGAUCUUCUAGAGGCGUCCAUUGCAAGAACUUUGAAUAGACAAGAAUUGAAACACGUCUCGCGAUGUGUACUAGAGGCAUUGAAGACCUUACAUGAGGACGGUUCUGUGCAUACGGAUGUCAAGCCAAAUAACGUAUUCGUCAAUCUGGAAGAAGGCGACGUUCGAUUUACCGAUGUCCAACUAGGCGACUUGGGUGGAUGCUACCCGGCAGACUCAGAGUGGGCUAAAUCAAGCACCGUAGUGGGAACACCUAUGUGGACAAGCCCAGAGAUUCUCAUGGAAUUACCUUGGAACACCGCAGCUGACAUAUGGUGUUUCGGUGCUAUGCUCAUCAGUCUUAUCUACGGUGGAAAUUUCAACCUUUUCCUGCCGAAAGGACUGACACGCGAAGACGAAGAGUAUGUGGUUGGGGUUGUUAUAGAGCAAUUCAAAUAUCUCGGACCUUUUCCAGCCAAAAUGGAAGAGAUCGCAGACCCAGAAACGGUCCAAUCUAUCAUUACGAUCAUGGAAAUGUACCAAAAGAGAAGACGACGCCAUUUCGGCGAACCACCGAGAGGGAAGUAA